AUGCAGACUGGAGCACAACUGCGCCAGCUUUUCGUGACUCUCCUUUUGUUCUGCUCUCCCACCGACCCAAGAGCACUUUGGGAUCAAUUUUGGCUACACAUUUGCGACGACCUGCGACAUCGGCUCAUUGCUACCCUACGCUACGACCAUCCAAGUGAUGAUGAUGUCUACGAUUACGGCCUCUAU